CCAUCCAUCUAACCUAGAUUUGACCCCACAUUAUUUACUUACACCUCCGCCAGUAACAACCCAUUUUAUAGUCUUCAAUCAUCUUGUAUGACUCAGACACAUCUUCAUUACUAUUAUUAAUAAUACUGUCUUCUGCAAUCUUGAUUUAGAAAUGAUAAACAUUUGAGAAAGCAGGGGAAAAUCCAUCUGGGUCUUCUACUGAAAGAUGGCAAUGGCUGCAGCUGUCAAAGUGACUCUCGGUUCGAUUGCCUUCGCUAUCUUCUGGGUUCUUGCUGUUUUCCCAGCAGUUCCUUUUCUUCCAAUCGGUAGAACAGCAGGUUCUCUCUUGGGAGCUAUGCUAAUGGUGCUUUUCAGAGUCAUAACCCCAGAACAAGCCUUCGACGCAAUUGAUCUCCCAAUUCUUGGUCUUCUCUUUGGAACAAUGGUUGUAAGUGUUUAUUUAGAAAAAGCAGAUAUGUUCAUGUAUUUAGGCAAAUUGCUAUCUUGGAAGAGCAAAGGCCCUAAGGAUUUACUAUGUAGGAUCUGCAUUAUAUCUGCAAUUUCAAGUGCUCUUUUCACUAACGAUACAUCUUGUGUUGUUUUGACUGAAUUUGUAUUGAAAAUCGCAAGGCAGCAGAAUCUUCCACCUCAUCCUUUCCUUUUAGCUCUUGCUUCUAGUGCUAAUAUUGGCUCUUCCGCUACUCCAAUUGGGAAUCCUCAGAAUUUAGUUAUAGCUGUUCAAAGUGGGAUCACUUUUGGGGAAUUUCUUUUUGGUAUUGUUCCUGCUAUGAUUGUUGGAGUUUGUGUAAAUGCUUUAUUACUUGUGGGUAUGUAUUGGAACCUGCUGUCUUCUCCACAGAAAGAUGAAGAAGAAGAUGUUGUUGUGCAAGAUGAUAUUCAAGAUGUGGGUUCUCAUCGGUUCUCUCCUGCAGCGAUGUCUCAUCAGAGUUCGGGUAACUGUAAUGAUUUGAAUGAUGUGAUUGAAUCGAGUUUGAGUGCUAAUGUUUCGUCUGUGAUUAGUCGAGAUGAUCAGAGUGUAAGGAAUCGUGUUGUUUAUAACGAGAAUGAGAUAAAGGAGGCGAGUAACACCGAACUGGAAUCUCGAAGGAAUAUUUCAAAUUUAAGUUCGAAUUCAAAUGAUUGGAGCAUGAAAUGGAAAAGGGUUUUGUGGAAGGCUUGUGUUUAUAUGGUGACAUUGGGUAUGCUGGAUUCUUUGCUCAUGGGAUUGAAUAUGUCAUGGACAGCCAUUACUGCAGCACUUGCACUUGUUGUUCUUGACUUCAAGGAUGCUCGCCCAUGCUUGGAGAAGGUAUCCUAUUCUCUUUUGAUAUUCUUUUGCGGCAUGUUCAUCACUGUGGAAGGAUUUAACAGAACUGGAAUUCCUAGUGCCUUAUGGGAUUUUAUAGAGCCAUAUGCCCAGAUAAACAGGGUUUAUGGACUGGCAAUUCUGGCUUCUAUCAUCCUUCUUCUCUCAAAUGUUGUCUCAAAUGUCCCAACUGUUUUGUUGCUUGGAGGGCGAAUUGCUGCAACAGCUGCAGCGAUAUCAUUAAAGGAGGAGAAAAGAUCAUGGCUCGUGUUGGCUUGGGUGAGUACAGUGGCUGGAAACCUUUCUCUUUUGGGAUCCGCCGCGAAUUUGAUAGUUUGUGAACAGGCUCGUCGGGCUCCUCAUUUAGGCUAUAAUCUUUCCUUUUGGAGACAUCUCAAGUUUGGAUUUCCAUCUACUCUAAUAGUAACUGCCAUUGGUUUGACCCUUAUAAGAGGCUAAAUAUUUUAUUUCAUUUUAUGUCAAAUUGUAACACUACACGCAAAUUCAAAUAAGGGAAGUUUCAUACCACAAAGCUAAAAUAGAUCCCCUAAACUUUCUAUAGUGAGGAAAAUGAGAAAGAUAUUUAAUUUUGAA